AUGUAUGACUUUUGCAGGGUUCGUUUGCAUCGCUACGUGCCGUCCUUGAUGCCGAUCACACGUGUUCACGCUCGAGCCAUCUACGACUCACGCGGCAAUCCGACCGUCGAGGUGGAUCUGCAUACCGAGAAAGGGAUCUUCCGGGCGGCGGUACCGAGUGGCGCAUCGACAGGUGUACAUGAGGCGUUGGAGCUGCGCGACCAGGACAAGGCCGUGCACCAUGGCAAGGGUGUGCUGCAGGCUGUCAAGAAUGUCAACGAACAGAUCGGACCCGCGCUUGUCGCUAAACUGGGAGCAAAUGCAAUUUUGGGCGUUUCGUUGGCGGUAUGCAAAGCUGGCGCAGUGCAUAAAGGCAUGCCUUUGUACAAGUAUAUCGCUGAGUUAGCUGGUACCAAACAGGUUGUCCUGCCCGUUCCAGCAAUGAACGUCAUCAACGGCGGAUCGCAUGCCGGCAACAAACUCGCCAUGCAGGAAUUCAUGAUUAUGCCUAUUGGCGCGAAAUCGUUCAGCGAAUCAAUGCGUAUGGGUUCCGAGAUAUAUCAUCAUUUAAAACAAUAUCCGGUGGUAUCCAUCGAGGACUGGUUUGACCAGGAUGAUUGGGACAACUGGACAAAGGCGCUUGCAAAUACGCACAUACAGAUCGUUGGUGAUGAUUUGACUGUCACAAACCCGAAAAGAAUUCAGAUGGCUGCCGAAAAGAAGGCUUGCAAUUGCCUGUUACUUAAGGUGAAUCAAAUUGGCUCGGUAACUGAGUCAAUUGAUGCGGCAAAUUUGGCGCGCAAAAACGGCUGGGGUGUUAUGGUGUCGCAUCGGUCUGGUGAAACCGAAGAUACGUUCAUCGCUGAUCUCGUCGUCGGCCUUGCCACUGGACAGGUUUCUAUUCUAAUCGUCUGAAC